UGGGGCCUGGGUACCCGGAUGCCUGAUGUGGGGUGGGGACCCCCUUGGUGUUUCCGUUCUCUCAAUGCCCAUUCUGUAUGGGUUCCUGAUUCUCAGCGGGUUCUUUCCUGCUGAGGACAAUUCUCUUCCUGUCCCAGCCUAGGAUUAGGGGGCUGAGCCCAGAGCUCCAGUGAUGUGGGCCUCAGCCUCAUGAGUGGAAUGUGCUUGCCACCCCCAGGCUAGACGAAGGGGCUGAGGGUCAGGGUGGGCAUGUGCUAUGCCCCUUUACGACCUUUGCAGGCUAGAGCUGAGUGAGGGGGUUGUACAAUGAGCCUCCUUUUCCUUGAAAGAAGGAAUUUUGGCCAGGACAAUAGGACUCUGUCUGCUUUGGCAUAGGGGGGGUAGUGGCUGACUCAACUCUGUGCCCCUUAAGCCCUAACAAAUAUCAUCAAGGGGUGGACCAGUCUUUCCCCUGGUGCCUUGAGUUUCCCCCCUGCCCUUUUAUGAUGACUUAACUCUUCUUUCCUCCACUGAUUGUACCUCUUCUCCCAUGACCUGAUCCUGCUUGGUCUCUCUCCAGUGUGUUGGGUUGAAUUGAGAGUUAGGGUGUACGUUGUUGGGUAACUGGUGCUAUUAGAACCAGGAGCUUCUAUGGAUUUAGAGGAUCUGUAAUUUGGGGGGGGAGCCUCACAGGAAGAUUCAGGCAGUGCUUUGCUAGAGUAGGGGUGAGGGCAGUGUGGCUUGACCUCACUGAGCUGACCAGGCUGGUGCUAAGGAGGAGGCUUGUGGGAGGGGGCAGGAAUGGGAGGCCUCUGGCCCAGCCCCUCCUCCUCAGCCCCGGUGGCCCACCCACCAGUCUGAACUGCCACUUCUGAGGCUAGACUGCCUGAAGUCUCCCUGGAGAGAGAAGCCAGGUGGUUUCAGGAGGGGCUGGAGCCCUGAACAGGAGAGGGGAGAGGCACCCACUACCUGCAGCCCACAGAGUCUGGAGUCAAGGAGAGUCAUGGGGUCCAGGGCUGAGCUGUGUACUCUCUUAGGCGGACUUUCAUUCUUCCUGCUACUGAUGCCAGGCCAAGGGGCCAAGGGUGGCUCCCUCAAAGAGAGACAGGGGGUCUGCUCUAAGCAGACACUGGUGGUACCGCUCCACUACAACGAGUCCUACAGCCAACCCGUGUACAAGCCCUACCUGACCCUCUGUGCUGGAAGGCGCAUCUGCAGUACCUACAGGACCACAUACCAUGUGGCAUGGCGGGAGGUGAGGCGGGAAGUGCAGCAGACCCAUGCUGUGUGCUGCCAGGGCUGGAAGAAGCGACACCCAGGGGCGCUCACCUGUGAAGCCAUUUGCCUUAAGCCUUGCCUGAAUGGAGGUAGCUGUGUUGGGCCUGAUCAGUGCGAGUGUGCCCCUGGCUGGGGGGGAAAGCACUGUCAUGUGGAUGUGGAUGAAUGUAGGAUCAGUGUCACCUUCUGCUCACAUCGUUGUCUUAACACGGCGGGCAGCUUUACCUGCAGCUGUCCCCGGGGCCUGGUGCUGGGCCCUGACCAGCGUACCUGUACAGAGGGAUCCCCAGAGCCCCCAACUAGUGCCAGCAUCCUCAGCGUGGCCAUUCGAGACGCUGAACAUGAAAGCACCCUGAGGAGGGAGAUUCUUGAGCUUCGAGGGCGCCUGGAGCAGCUGGAGCAGGUGAGCAGAGGUGCCUGGGGCUGGGCCCUCAGGGUGGGAAGGUCUGGUGCAGCAUCCUCAAAUACCUGUCUUCCUUUGCAGUGGGCUGCUCAGGCCGGGGCCUGGGUCCGGGCUGUGCUGCCCAUGCCGCCUGAGGAGCUGCAUCCAGAACAGGUGGCAGAGCUGUGGGGCUGGGGUGACAGGAUCGAAUCUCUUAGUGAUCAGGUGCUGCUGCUGGAGGAGAGGCUGGGUGCCUGCUCCUGUGAGGACAACAGCCUUGGUCCUGGCCUCAAUCACUGAUACAGAACCUCCUCAGUGUCCCAGCCUCCUAAUUUAUACACAGGUGGCACCCACUCAUCCUGGGGGAUUGGCCACCUGGGAGCUGCAGAUAAGGCCAUCGGCCAUCAAAGAAGUGAGCCAGAGCUUUGGAGAGCUGUGAGAAAGUGGGCUGUCUUGGCCUGUCUUUUCUCAUUGGAGCAAGUUGCCUAGGCAAGGAAGGACUGCUUCUCCAACUCCUUAACAAAUACAGCAAGAAAGCACCCAGAUCGCUCUCUCUCUCUUUAUUCUUAGUUGCUUGCUGUUAUCCAGAUAAUAAAAGCCAACCACACAAAACUGGAUCCCAUCCUCUCCUGCUCCCAGAUACCUCCUGGGUUGAGGGGGGUGGGGGGGAGUGAACAGGUCUGGAGUGAGAGGCAGGGAGCAGUCAAUACCACUAGGAGGAAAUGACAACUGGCUCAGAGAGGGGGCAGUCUCAAAAGAAAGAGAAAUAAAUUAACAUGCCCCUCUCCCCUUCAGCCAGGGUCCAGGGCUUUCCCCAACUCUCCAGGGACCAGUGAGUGCAGCACCUGAUGUCUGCCUCUCCCCCAUGUCUGGUUAGGAUGGUACAGGGGGGCUGAAUGGGGUCAAGACCACUGAAGAACUGUAUCCCAGGGACAGGGGCAAA